UUUGACCACCCGCCUCCGUUCUUAGAGCCGUCGCCGCUGACCAUGCUGCUCAACCUGGCGCUGCUCGCUGGCGUCGUCGCCAUGGUGCUCAUCUACGGCUACCGCAUUGUCUCCAACUUCUUGCGCUUCGCCUGCCACCUCUACUUCCGCAAGAUCACAGUCUAUGGCAUCAACAACCUCCCGCGCGAAGGCCCAGUCGUCGUCUGCCCCAACCACCCCAACAUGUUUAUCGACGCGCUGCUUGUUGUGACCGAGUGCACGCGCUUGGGUCGCCCGCCGUUCGCGUGGGCGAAGGCCUCGCUCUUCAAGAACCCGAUCGUGGCGCGGGUGCUCACGGCGCUCGGCGCCGUCGCGGUGUUUCGCCCGCCCAAGCCCACGGGGCUCCAGGACGUCGACUCGGACAAGACGCCCGAAGAGAUUGCGGCCGCGACGCGGAUGAUGUUCAAGUGCACGUGGGACGUCCUCGCGCGCGGCAACGUUGUCGUGCUCUUUCCCGAAGGCACGUCGUACACGCUCCCGCGCAUGCUGAGUCUCCGCACGGGCGUCAUGCGUGUCGCGACCGGCUUUGUGAAGGAGCACAACACGCCCAUCACGGUCGUGCCCCUUGGUCUGACGUACUUCAACAAGGACCAUUUUCGCAGCGAGGUGACGCUCGAGUAUGGCACGCCCAUCGUGAUCGACCAAGCCACGAUCCAAUCGGAAGCCUUCUUGGCCGACGAGCACGCCCAAGUCAAGCACCUCACCGAACAGCUUCAGGAGCGCAUGCACAGCGUGACACUCAACGGCAACGACUUUAGCUCGCUUCGCAUCGCGCGCAUGAUCAAGCGACUGUAUGUGGGCGGUCCGCUGAGCCCGAAAGACGACGUGCAUUUUACGCAGCAGCUCAUCGACCUCGUCGAAGGCAAGCUCACGACCAAGGAGACCGAACAAGUUGUUUUGGACCAGCUCAAGACAGACGUCGUGACGUACCAAGCGAAGCUCGACGAACUCCGCCUCAAGGACGCCGAUCUGCUCGUGUCGCUCGAGAAUGAGUCGCUGCUGCAGCUCGUGCUCGAGCGUCUCUGCUACCUCGUGGUGCUUCUUCCGCUGGCCCUGCCCGGCAUCCUGCUCAACCUGCCCUUUUACCUCAUCGGCAACAAGCUGAAUGACCUCGCCGGCUUUACCGAGUCCAAGUCGAUGUUCAAGCUCUUUGCUGGCAUGGUGCUCGUGCCGCUGCAGUGGGUCUUCCUCAUUGGCGCGGGUUGGUACUUGUAUGGGUCGACGGCCGCGUACGCAGUGGCCAUAGCCCUCCCGCUCUGCUUUUACUCGCACAUCCGCGUCCUGGAAGAAAGCCGGUCGAUCCUCGAGAAUGUGUGGUUCCUCGGCACGAUCGCGACCCGCAAGGACCGCGUCAACAAGCUCCGCGACGACCGCGCCCAAGUCGCGUCGACGGUCAAGGCGAUUGUCGAGACGCUGGUCAAAGACCCGAUCAUGGACAACGUCAAGCGCGCCGUGUCGCCGAUGCACCAGACGCUGCGAAAGCGCACCAAGUCACGAACCGACCUUUCGUUUAUGAACACGACGACCUAACCCUCAAUAAGACGAUCGGUGUACUUAUAGCAUA